AUGUCAAGUUUUGAAGCUGCUACGAAAUUUGCUUUUUGUCUUCAUGAAAUUCAUGGCUUUGCGGUGAUAACACUUUUACCUGCUGUAAUUUAUGCAAAGACAACUUUGGUAGUUUCUCCCAUAUUAUCCUUGAUAGAUGAUAUUCUUGCUAGAUAUCAUAAUCUCAGCAUACCAGCUGGUAAAUUUACUGGAGAUGUUCCAAAGGAAGUACAAACUACCCAGCAGUUGAAUAUUAAACAAUAUAAGAUUGUUUUUGGAACACUUGAAAUGCUCAAGGAUGAAGAAUUCAACAGUACUGUCAUGUCCAUGAUUGAGAAGAAUGAAUUAGAAAGGAUUGUGUUUGAUGAAGCACAUACCAUUAUUAGCUGGGGUAACACUUUUCACCCAAUAUAUAGGAAGGUAUGUGAAGAGUUAGCUAAGACUCCCUGCCCUAAACUUUUGUUGAGUGCAACAGUUCCUGCCAAAGUUGAAUAUGAACUUAAGCAUGUUUUCAAUGGUUUGGUUGUAUUUAGAUCUUCAAUUUUUCGAGGGGAUCUGUUUUUGAAAGUUCAAGAACGUACAAGCAUGUUUGACAAUGACUUGAAAAGCUUCAUUUUGGAGAGAAAGGAUGAUAGUGGAAUAAUAUACUGUGUUUUACCAAAGGAUGUUUCGUUGAUUCAUGCUGAUCUUUUAAAAAAUGGGAUUGACUGUGUUAAAUAUAAUGGAAAAUUAUCUGAAGAAGUGAAAUCAAAUAGCUACUCUAAAUGGGUAAAAGGAGAGUGCAAAGUUAUUGUUGCCAAUUGUACUGUGCUACUUCGCUAA